AGAAUUGUUGUUUAAUUUAACGCACAAAAAGGCGGAAUAUUUGUUGACUUCUGAUGUUUACACAGAUCAUUGCCAGUCCCGAAUUUUGGUGCUCAUAUACUCCGUAUAUAAAUAUUGUGAUGGCUGCCCUCUCACAUCGUCCCCCUCACCCAGUUUCUCUGCUACCCUUCCAUCACCUUCGUCGAAGAUCAAAGAUACCAGAAUUAUAAUUGGUAGAUUGUUCUUCUCAGUUCCAAAUCAUGAAGCUGCAGUUUGUUCUUCUUGCUGGUACCAUUGCUUUCAGCAAUGCGUCUCCUCAUGUGAGUGAGCAACUCCCUAGCAUUUAAACACCGAUUCUGACUUGGCCAAGCCUGCACCAGUAGAAGUUCGCCAUUUCAAAUUCGACGAUGAUACUCCUGAUCAACCUGAUCAACCUGGUCAAUCCUAUGGUUGUAAUUGUACCGGAACAACCGCAGGGCCGCUUCCCGCCUCUGCUCAAUACAUCUGCUAUGAUUGGAGACUCGGUCCGAAAGUACUUCCAAAAUAUCUCCCCCUCUCGAGCGAGCUAUCAUCUUAUGAUAGAUUCGGCGGAUUGACUCCAGGGCAAUUCCUUGCAAAGUGGUGGGAUAGCAAAAAGGGCCAGUUCAUAUACCCAGGGGAUGAAACCCGUGGGUUUUCAACUGACAUAAAUGGAAAACCUAUCAACGGAUUGAUAAGCCUUCCUCCUGACACUUAUCUAGACAGGUUUGGAGGUGAAACUGGUUUGUUCUACCGUAUCCUAGAUCAUGUCACUCAUCAUAAUCAGCUGACACGGAUAGGAAUGUUUCUGUCCUCCGCCGAUACGCCAUAUUCACAACGGUCUCUCCCACCUUCGAACCUAAACAAUCGGGUUCAAGAUCCAGGGUUUCCAAAUGACUACCAUGUCUAUCGUGUCAAGAAGGACCUGAUGCUCUAUGCUGGACCCAUUGCGCCCGUCAGUAUCUUCCAUUCUUGCAUAUCACCACUUUUCUCUCCAAUUCGUUAAUCUCAAGCUUCUUCGGUCAUGUUUUCCUUUUGUUUUCUCCUUGCUCUCAUCAUAUGGCUUUAUGACCCGCUGUAGUUACAAAAAUUCAUACUAAGCAAAUGCUGACUCUAAAGUAUUGUAGUGGUUUGGUCAACCGGGACUUGGAACACAGUUUUACUCAGGACCUCGAACUGUUGCGGAUUUAAUUGGUAACGGAACUCUAGAAAGGGUCGAUCCUUCUGUUCUGAUCUCCAACAGACAACAAAUGGGUUGCGGAUACUAGACGGAGUUACCUGCUUCCGUAAGGUGGCCAAGAUUAAUUGGUGAUUUUAAUGAUCUCAUGCUCACUGUUAAUAUAUUAUGCUAUUAGUCAAUUUGACAUCUAAUGAUAGAAUUUAGCUUCCAAGA